CUUUCUCUCAGAACUGUUGCUUGUUUGUGUUGCAUGCUGUGCGUGUGCUUCCAAGUAUUGCCUUUUUGUGAUGCUGAGGAUCAGCCCAUUGGAACAAGCCAAAGGUUCGCUGCAGAAUUCCAAGCAGAUCUGCCACCCAGAGCUGUUCCAGGAAAUCCAGACGAAGUCAGCAGAAUCAAUGACGCAGCCAAAUUGGCAGGGCAGAAUCCGUUGGGACUCCAGAAGCUGGUCCAUGAGAUCUUUGUCGACAUUGUGCUCCUAGAGUUGCUCUCAACUUGCAAAACAAGUCAGUUCCGCAUUGUCGACGGAAUUCCCAUUGUCUACUGCUGGGCAGGUGCACAUCUUGAGUCAUUCUGUUCAAAGUUUCUUCUUGUGCCCAAGCCCUUCCGGCCAGUUUGCCAGCCCAUGGGUGAUGCUGUUAAGGUUGAACAGCUCAGGCAAAACGAUGCCUUCGUUGCAGUGCUUGAUCCUGCUCCUCCAAGCGAGACAUGGCAGACUUGGCCAAAGAAUUUGUCAGUGUUCGACGGGAUCAAACGAUUGAAGGAAGGGUGGAUGCCGUCACCCGAACAGGAUGCAUCCGAUCCGUGCCAUGAGGACGUCGUGAAAGUAUUACUAACAGUCGACAACCCGAUGGCAAUAAGUUCCAGCAAUGGUGUCUUCUAUUUGACUAAUUCACGUGAGGUGAACAGAGUGGAAUUGCUGAAGUAUGGUCUCGACUCCAAGGGGUUGAUGUUGUAUUCGUGGCCAGUGCCGACUCAUCAAUUUUAUUGGUUAAAGGUCGCAGUGGCAGGUGACAAUUUCGUUGCCUUAGAUCAGGACGGCCGAAUUUGGAUCCCAGCCCUGACACUGCACCAUUGCAUUUGCUACUCCACACCCCAAGAGCCGCUGCCGUGGUUGACUCUCGUCUCUUCAUCGCUGAUACGGGCAACAGUCGGGUCCUUUGCUUGGACAUGCGGAAGAAUGCGUGCGAGAUUGUGUUCCAGGGACAAUGUCCAAGUUUGCUUGCAGCCGAUCGCGAUGGCCUCUGUGUCUACGAUGCUGGGCAGGACAAGAUCUUCCACGUGAGCAUCGGCGCAUGGGAGGUUGACCAUGUCUUGGGCACAGGCACCAGGGCCUUCAGUCCUGAGGGGUUGCCACCACUAUCUACGAACCUGAGCAUUGUGAUAAGCAUGGCACUUGGUCGUGACAGAGAACUGGCUUUCGUGUGUUCUGGCGACGACACCGUUCGCAAGUACAAACUGCCUGCAAGUUUGCGACCACUUGCACCUUCCUGCCAGUCAUCCACAGGACCAAUGUCAGCCACAGAUGACGUACAGGAUGCACUUGUCCCACUUCAAAAAGAUGGUUUUCAGCCUUCGUGUGGUUUCAACUUUGUCCCCUUCUCCGGACAACCUGCGCAGAUUUUCCUAUCAGAACGAUUACCACACGAUCGAAACAACAUGUGCAUCAAAUGGUCUAUGUUGGCUCCACCGGGUGGACUUGGCAUAUGCUUAGUUGCAGACCCCUUCGGAAGUUCCCAUCGCAGAUUGGUGGAUUGUCAUAUCUUAAGCCCUCCUGAGUGGAGCGCAGAGACAUACAUCACCACAACCUCAAAGAUGAGGCAGCAAGUAGAUGAGCCCAAGCAAAGGCAGAACCAGCCUUUUCGAAAUGCUUGGGAGACAUGUUUGGGCAAAUUUCGCGAUUUUGUGAUGGCCUUCAAUGAGAAAGAACCCGCAAAGGAAGAUUUCUUGGGGAAACCGUUCUACUUCCAACAUGAAAACCGCUUUGAGGCAAUUGUGGAGAAGAUCUACAAUGAGGAGGCAGACUGCAUCAAGUGGCAGCUCAUUGAGUUAAGAAUCAACGGAAAGAAGCGCGCCGAAGCCUUGGAGCCCAUCACUGUGGGUGUUGAUGUGCCAAUAAUGCUCUGUGUGUUUGAGGGCACAACAGGGGCUCUUUUGGAGUGCACGGAAGCUCCCAAAGUUAUUGUAGAUAGCUCCUACAUUGACAGAUAGCAGGUUCAUGGGAGAAGCUUGCAUGUGGCCCAUGUUGCAAGAUGAAUAUCGCGUCAGUGAAGUAUAGUUGUACACGAUGCAAGUUUUUUUCCCGAUAUCUAUUGGUUUAUGUGCUCUUCAGCUGUUUCCACGCACGCCAC